CCUCGUUGCACUCCAACUAUACGCAAUAGGGUGUCGCCGUGAAUUCCUUCCCCCUUUCGAUUCCCGUGCACGUUGGAGACGGUGGCCGGCUUUUUGGGGCUCGUUCGGGACACCCAGUGUGAUAUCUGGCAGCACCAUGACCAAGGAGGACAACAAGGGCGCGGCCGAGGACCAGGCGCAGUCCAAGAAAGCCCUGAAGAAACAACAGAAGGAAGCCGAGAAGGCAGCGAAGAAAGCUGAGAAACAGGCCAAGUUGGCCUCAGAACAGCAGGCUGAUGAAGGAGAGGACUUUGCGAAGGACAGAUAUGGGGUUUCUCCGAUGAUACAGUCUCAAGAGAAACCUGAGAGGGUUCUUGUGAGAGUGAAAGACCUGACGCCGCAAAAAGCCGAUGAAACCGUCUGGAUCCGCGCCAGGGUCCACACCAGCAGAGCGAAGGGAAAGCAGUGUUUUCUGGUCCUACGUCAGCAGCAGUUCAACGUCCAGGCUCUGGUGGCUGUGGGAGACCGCGCAAGCAAGCAGAUGGUUAAAUUUGCUGCCAACAUCACCAAGGAAAGCAUCAUAGAUGUGGAAGGAGUUGUGCGUAAGGUGGACCAGAAAAUCGAGAGCUGCACCCAGCAGGACGUUGAGCUUCACAUAGAGAGGAUCUACGUGAUCAGCGCAGCCGAGCCCCGUCUGCCGCUGCAGCUGGAGGACGCCAUGCGACCUGAGGGCGAAGGGGAAGAGGAAGGAAGAGCUACUGUAAACCAGGAUACUCGGCUGGACAAUAGAGUCAUUGAUUUAAGGACGUCCACGAGUCAGGCAGUCUUCACCCUCCAGUCCGGUGUUUGUCAGCUCUUCCGGGAGACCCUGAGCAACAAAGGAUUUGUCGAGAUUCAGACUCCCAAAAUUAUCUCAGCGGCCAGUGAAGGAGGAGCCAACGUGUUCACCGUGUCCUACUUUAAAACUAGUGCCUACCUAGCCCAGUCUCCACAGCUCUACAAGCAAAUGUGCAUCUGUGCUGAUUUUGAGAAGGUGUUUUGCAUCGGGCCAGUUUUCCGCGCAGAGGAUUCCAACACUCACCGGCACUUGACGGAGUUCGUCGGCCUGGAUAUUGAGAUGGCAUUCAGCUACCAUUACCAUGAAGUCGUGGAUGAGAUUGCGGACACCCUGGUUCAGAUAUUUAAGGGAUUGCAAGGAAGGUUUCAGACCGAAAUCCAGACUGUUAGCAAACAGUUUCCUUCCGAGCCGUUCAAGUUCCUGGAGCCCACACUACACCUGGAGUACAGGGAGGGUGUCGCCAUGUUACGUGAGGCUGGAGUGGAGAUGGGAGAUGAAGAAGAUCUCAGCACCCCCAAUGAGAAACUUCUGGGACGGUUAGUCAAAGAAAAGUACGACACCGAUUUCUAUAUCCUUGAUAAAUACCCAUUGGCUGUGAGACCCUUCUACACAAUGCCGGACCCUCAGGACCCUAAAUAUUCCAACUCCUACGACAUGUUUAUGAGGGGUGAGGAGAUCCUGUCCGGUGCUCAGAGAGUGCACGAUGCUGAUCUGCUGACAGAGAGAGCAAAGCAUCAUGGGAUAGACUUGGAGAAAAUCAAGGCGUACAUCGACUCCUUCCGCUACGGAGCGCCUCCUCACGCUGGCGGUGGCAUUGGUCUGGAGCGUGUCACCAUGCUGUUCCUAGGACUGCACAAUGUACGUCAGACCUCCAUGUUCCCCCGUGACCCCAAGAGGCUGACCCCAUAAUGUGCUCCCACCCCCUCCAGACCUGGAAUCACCUGCUAGCCACCACCUUAUUCUGCACUUUGGAAGUCGUACGUAAACCGGGCUGACACCAGUCCUGAUAGAUCUCCUCCUCCUCUUGGUCCGUUUAGGACUAGGUUUUCUAUAGAUCAGUGUUUCCCAACCAGUGUGCCUCCAGCUGUUGCAAA